UUUCAAGGAUCGAACAGCUUUCAACGAACCAGUGUUAGGCACAACUAACGACGACCCGUCGAUCUGUCGUCAGCGGUGCCUUCUCGCUCUUGGGGUGGUUGUGGUGUUUUCCUAAGGCAUCGCCCUCUCUCUUUACGCUGCUCUCUAAAUCGGAGCUAUGGCGCGUCGGGGGCUAAUGACAGGUACUUAAGAUCGACCGGAGCAGACACCGCAGGCGAGACGUCUCUAAGAGAACCGAAUGCAAGAAGGUCUGCCAGGACAAGCGAGAUCCUUUCUUUUAUGCGGCACCAUAUGCCCUACAUAAGAUGCGUCUCUUAGUCAUCGUAAAUUUGUUCCUGCUGCUUAUCGUAGCCGCCUCUGGGCAGCUUCUGGAGGUGGCAGGCGCAACGCAGGGUCUAGCAGCGCUGAGCAGCAGUCUUGUGAGCUUAGGAAGGGUGCUACUCCCAGUUGGUCUACUGAAAACUUUAGCUCUCAUUGGACCGUUAAAGCUAACUCUACCGGCGCUCUUUGGUCUUAAAGCCCUAGGUCUGCUGAAGUUAAAGCUGCUUCUUGCUAAGGCACCAUUACUUGCACCACUCGGCCUUAGUAUCGGAAAAGUCAAGCUAGCUAAAGCAAAGUUGGGGUUAGCAAAAACGGCGGCUUCCACCGCAGCCAACAUCAAGUUAGCCCUUCUUGAGCUACCAUUCAAGGUCAAGGCUAUGAAGAUAGGCGCCAUUGCGGGAGCAAAGGCUGGAGGCAAAACAGGCUUGUUUCUUGCUCAAAAUCAACCUCAAAUUCAGCUUGUCGAUCCUAUAGUAAUCCCCGCUUCCGCCCUGCUCAGCCAAAACAGAAUCCCCGAUAGACCUUCGUCUCUGCUUGUCCACCCGACAUCCUCUAAAGGCUAUUCUAUGUCAGGACCUGAAUUCAAGGAGCCGUUAUACGGACGUGAGCCCACAAUGACGACGCCUCUACCCGCAUUAGCUUAUACUCUGAAGCCGCCCGCAUAUACUCCAGCGCUACCUGCUUAUACCCCACCUCCAUCUGCAUACACUUCGGAGCCUGUUCCUGAACCGGCUUAUACUCCAGUCGCCUAUCAAUCGCAUCAUCGACUUCGCCGUGAAGCAAAAGGGGCAACGCCGUCAGCUGUCCCCGAAGAAGCCCUUCGCCAGGUUUUCAGUUACGUAGAUCAGUACGAUGUGGACCAGUGCAUUCUUCGUGUGGUGUGCGAGCUGGCUGUCAACCCAAAUCUUGACAGUUACCCGGGCGACGAUGUCACUAAGUUUAUGCUGUCGCUGAACGACAGCAACCCAGAAGAGCCUUGGACGCCGUAUAAGAAUGCUGCCAUUAUGGGCCUGACCCACCGCUCACGCGAACAGUGCCAGAGCAAAUUCAGCCUUUGCCCUGUAGAAACGGAAGGUCUUCUACGACUUGCGAAGAUUCGUCUCGAAGGUUACGACCUAUAGUGCGGAGUGAGCAUUAGACAGCACGAUCUCAUUCAGCACUGAGCGCUGAGUGAGAUCGUGCUUUCUAAGGAUGUAGAAAACCAUAGUUUCUACUAUUAUUAUUUAGAAAAGCACGAAAACUUGGCACAGGUGACCACGAGCCCGGACACUAUUUAUAAAUGCACCCGUCGUUUCGCAAUAGGUUCGACACUUUUAUCCACCCGCCUAUUUAAUAUAACGUGCGUUCUUGAUUUUUAGCGUGUUAUGACGAACGGCUUUUUCUCCUUGCACUGCCUAUGCACUCGUGCUUAUAAAGCCCAAAUUAGAAGCCUAAUAAAU